CUUUGCCUUUUCGUGACUAUUGUGCUUCCGUGGAAAAGCUAUUUGGAAAACAAGCUUGCAGGGCAGCGUUGAACGUGCCCUGCAAAGUGAGUUCGUAAUACACAAGUUCCUCGGAGGAAGCCCCAGCCAAUAAAAGUGCAAAACAAUGGCCACUGUGUCGGAUGGCGAACAGCCGAGCGCAUCGGGAAUGAAUUUUCUGGAUCUACCCGAUUGUAUGAUUGAAGAAGUGCUGGAGUACUUGAGCUACGAUGAAAUCGCCAAGAAGCGUAUAAUUUGUCGGAAAAUUGAUCGCAUUUGUCAGUCGUUGCUGAACCGGGGUUACAUAAAGAUGAUACGGUCGCACAACGUGAAUCUGAAGGCUAUCAAGUCGCAAUUGCCACGGCGCGAAUCGGAACGUCGUAAUCAUCCCCUGUCCAAGCACUCGGAUAUUCUGACGUGCGUCGAAACGCGUAUCUCGAUGCUUUCCAUGACCUACUCAAAGUACAUCGAACGGGAGCUGUGCUGCUUCAUCCCGGGCAAAGUGAUUGACGAGGUGCUGAACAUCCUGCGGAUCGUCGAGAACACGUCGCGUCCGCUGCGGGCGCACGAGGUGCUGCAGGAGCUGCGCGACAUUUCAUCCAUGGCGAUCGAACACUUCGACGAGAACAUCGCCGGGGGUCUGAAAAGACUGCUGACCCAGCAGAAUCCGCACCAUCCGGUCCCGGUCUCGGUGAAUCCGUUCCCGAACAUCUGCUAUUAUCAGAACGAGUUGCCCGAAGUAUUGCCGGUGGAGAAGUUCAUGGUACCUUACGCAACCGUUACACAGACGCCUGCCCCACCGCCACCACCGCCCCCCGCAAUGGCCGGUCCCUCGACGUCCGGUACAAUGAUAUCUCUCUACUGCCAAAGCGGAUGCAACUCGAGUCGCGAAAACGGUGCAUCGAUCGUGCGUAUCAAUCUGAAGGCGCGCAAAAUGCGAUACGACAUCAACCGCAUCGAUCACACGAUGGCCAGCUUCAAGGCCGACUUGCGCAACAUACGGGUGCACAUGCUACGGCAGAGCGCCGAGAUGAAGGACCUACGCCGCCGGUUAGACGAAUCGGAGACCAAAAACCGUGAGCUGAUGGCCAAGAUCAAUCAGUUCAGCAACGACAACCCGCAGGCCGUCGCACUCAAGACGGAGCUGGCGAAGGACUCGAUCAAGCGCAGCAUAAAAUUCAUCAAACGGGCCAUCUCGGAAACGGAACCGGGUCUGUCCGGCUUCACGGCUGGGCUGCCUCACCCGGAUGGGGACUCACUGUCUUCCGCCUUCGAUUCUGUGCCAUUUUCCCUUGGAACCUUCCCACUGCUGUCUUCGGACGAGGAAGAAUUUCUAACACCCACGACGACGCUAGAGGACGGCCCUAGUGCGGUCAAAAAGGUUCGAUUUAGCGAGUAAGCGUGGGUCUCCUUGCGCCUCCACUGAAGUAUUUUACUUGUAAGCGCGAGCCCCGGCCCACGAUGUGGCAAUAUGUUGUAUACCAACUGUAGAGCGUAGCGUAGCCUUUUGAUCGAAUCGAAGGACAUUCGUCUCCCGUGCCGCCAUGCCGUUGCCCCGGGGCCAACGCGCUCGUCAGGCAGGUAGGCAGGGGACAUCGAUUGGCAUAAUACGAAUAUCAUAAAUCGUAGUACUAACAACUAGAAUAUACGUUUUUUAUACGAUCCUUUUCUUCGUAGUUGCGGUGAACCACAAAAACACCCACGAAACAUAUAAUUGUACACUUGUUUGAUUGCUUUGCCUAUCGUUUAAUGUAAAAAAAAAACAAAAAAAAAACAGAAGAA